UUAGGGUAUCUACCACAGAACCAUGAUGUCUUGUCUUGUGUACCAUGUUUAACUGGAAAAAUAAAAAAGAAGAUAAGAGAAAACUACACAGUUUUGCUCAGAAAUGAGCUUCUCUUUGAGUUCACAAAUCCCCAAGGCUUUGCCUUCUCUCUCUCCUUCCCACCAAAUCCAAUGCAGAAUUCAUCUUCCCUCCAUUUCUUGUCAACUAAAACAAUCCCACUCUAAAAAAUUACUUCAGGCAUGCACGAGCAUUCAAGAUUUCGGAACCGAUGUUCUUGGUUUGGCUGUACGAGUUGGAGGAGUUUUGGCUAUUGUUGCAGGACCUGCUUUGGCUGAGACAGGUGAAAUGGAAGGAGAAGAUCUGCUUUGGAUUUUGACUCAAUCGGGAAUUGCUGCUUUCUUUUACUUCCUCGUCGUGCCGCCCUUUCUUAUGAAUUGGCUUAGAACCAGAUGGUACAAGAGAAACCUACUCGAAAUGUAUGUGCAGUUCAUGUUUGUUUUCUUGUUCUUCCCGGGGGUGUUGCUUUGGGCACCAUUUCUGAACUUCAGAAAGUUCCCGAGAGAUCCGUCGAUGAAGUACCCUUGGUCCGUACCUGAAAACCCUUCUGAGAUUAAGGGUGGAUACUUGAAGUUUCCUUGGGCGAAACCCGAGGAUUAUGAUUUAUUUACCUAAUGCAACAACAUACAAUUUGUUUCCUUGUUCAAUAUGUAAAGCAAAUCAAGAAGUGGAUUCUAUAGUCCAACUUUCAAUUACCUGUAUCUAUAAAGUGUUUGCAGCUUACUGUCAAACUAAUUCAUCAAGGCAGAAAACUUAUUAUGC